AUGUUCAAUUGCAGCAUCGCCCUCUUCUGGUGCCUUUUAUCUCUUGUCUUGGUCAAAGUGAACGCCAACAACCCAACAGCAUAUGAACGAGAACAGCUCAUUCCACUCUAUUACAACAAGCUCUUUUCACAACGCACACAAAUCCCAUACAAAUAUGCGACACAACCAUUCAUCUGUCCGCCAUAUACCGAUAGCAGUUGGCAUCAUAAACAACGUCUGACAAGUUGGCUAGUGGCAGAUCAAGACUGGCGUGGCGACUGGCUGAUACAAAGUGAUUACAAGAUAGCUACGCUGGAUAAUGUUGACUGCAACGUGCUAUGUACAAAGCCCUGGUCACUUCAAGAUGCUAUUGUUGCAAAGGAACUCAUUGAACAAGAUUAUCAAGUAGAAUGGUGGCUCGAUGGAUUACCGGGUGCAACCGCUUCUUACACCAACGAGGUCAGUACGCGUGCUUAUCGCGUCGGCUUUCCAUUGGGUCAGAUUAAGAACAACCACACUUUUAUCAACAACCAUGUCACAUUCAACAUUUUAUAUACACCGUCCCAUGAUCGCAUUCAAGUGCUUGGUUUCGAGGUUUAUCCCGAUUCCGUCGCCAAUGGACAAUGCACUCAUACAGCCAUCGAUUAUACCAUGCAAGAAGUAAACGAGCGUAGAACGUCCGUUACUUUUACUUAUUCUGUUCGUUGGAAAGAGGCCAAGAAUCCAUUGACUCCAGCAAAGCUUCCAUUAACACCGCAAACACGAUGGGACAUGUACAUUAUCACCCCCGAUCCUGAGACACACUUUUAUGCCAUGAUCAACAGCAUCAUCACUAUUCUCUUCCUAUUGGGUGUUGUUGGUGUGAUCCUAAUGAAGACGCUGCAACGCGAUCAACAACAAAAUUACCAUGAUGAUCAUGAUCUCAAGAUACACGAAGAUUUCGAGGAUGUCAUUGGAUGGCGACUUAUUCAUCGUGAUGUAUUUCGACGACCCAUUUAUGGAGGAUUGCUUGCACCCUUGGUGGGAUCGGGUAUUCAGCUUGUGGUAGCAGCAGUAGGCACAUUGGUGUGCAUGGUGCUGGGCACAAGCCAUCCUGCUCAACCUGGUUCAUUAUUUCGUACGGCGUUUGUGAUUUACAUGCUGUCAUCAAUAUUGGCUGGGUAUCACAGUGCCCGCAUCUACAAGGUGUUCCGAGGUCGAUCAUGGUUCCUCAAUACUAUUCUGACAGCCAUCCUUGUACCCGUCUUGGUCCUUGGCUCAUUAUUACUUGAAAGUAUCUCGGGAUGGACAUUGCAUUCAUCAAGAACCAUGUCCGUGAAAGGAUGGUUUACGUUAAUGAUCUUGUGGUUGGUUGUCAUGUUGCCAUUAACGUUCCUUGGCUCAUUGGUUGGAGAUCGUCGGGAGCGGAUCGAACAUCCUUCACGUACAACGCAAAUGCCAAGAUUCAUUCCUGAGAAACGAUGGUAUCAGAGCUAUAGCAUGAGUGUUUUAUUGGGUGGUGUGAUUCCAUUUGCUAUUGUGUUUGUGGAUCUGGAUGAACUCCUGAAAUCGGUUUGGCAAGGCGAGCUGUAUUUAUCCCUUGGGUAUGCAUCCAUGGCAUGCAUGUUGUUGGGGGUAGCUACUGCAUCGGUGACAGUCGUGCUUGUGUUUUUCCAGCUGUGCAACGAGGAUUAUCAUUGGUGGUGGAUGUCAUUCGCUGUUGGAGCAUCGUGUUCAUUGUAUACAUUCAUCUAUGCUCUGGUGUUCUAUUGGAUCCGUACGGACAUGAUUGGGAUGGCGAGUGGAAUGGUGUAUCUUGUACAUACAUUGGUUGGAUGCUUGUUGCUAGGACUAUGUACUGGUACCCUUGGCUUUAUUAGCACGUACAGUGUAAUCCGGAGAAUUUAUGCUGCCGUCAAGGUUGAUUGA